AUGGCCUCAAGAACAUUAACACCUAUACGCGCCGCGGCUCGACGGGCACGCACAAUAUCAAUUCCCCAAUCCCAAAUACAACCAUCCAUCCGGACUCUCGUUAGCACGUCGAAACCGAAGGCCGCAUCAACCACCUACACCAAGGCCCCCGCCUCCUCCACAGCGACGCCAAAGCCCAGCUCGACGUCUCCCCCCGCCGGAACCAGCACCACAUCUGCAGCCCCAUCAGGGACGCGAACCCCCGUCCCCGCCGUCUCAGGCGUGCCCCUCCCCGACGCCUCGGGCGGCGAGGAACCCAACACCGGCGACCCGAUCGACUGGACGCAGUCGUACCACGGCCUCGGGACGUCGGCGUUCUCGCCCGAGACCGCCACCGUAUUGCAGGCGCGCCUUAACCCCGAAGACAUCGAGGUCAAGCCCGACGGCAUCAUCUACCUCCCCGAGAUCAAGUACAGGCGGAUCCUGAACACCGCGUUUGGUCCCGGCGGCUGGGGUCUGGCGCCUCGGGGACAGCUCAUGGUCCACGAGAAACUAGUUACGCGGGACUAUGCGCUUGUUGUGCACGGACGAUUCGUAGCUCAAGCCCGAGGCGAGAUGUCGUACUUCACGGAAGAGGGCGUCUCGACGGCGGCCGAGGGAUGCAAGUCCAACGCGCUGAUGCGGUGCUGCAAGGACCUAGGAAUUGCGUCGGAGUUGUGGGAUCCGCGCUUCAUCCGCAAGUUCAUGAAGGAGCAUGCCAUGCAAGUUUGGGUUGAGCAUGCCACCACCAAGAAGAGGAAGCAGAUCUGGUUGCGCAAGGACGACGAGGUCCGCUAUCCUUUUAAGAAGACGUCGUAG